AAGACAGUAAGAUCAUAAGAAUAAAGUUGUAUUUAGGCGGAAGAGAGGGUUUGAGGGGCGGAAGCAAAGAUGAAGGAAGCGGAGGAGCAACUAUGCGAGGCGGCAAGGAAGGGUGACACUGACAGAGUGAAGGCUCUUAUAAACUCCGGCGCCGACGUCACAUAUUUCGACGGCGAGGGCCUCAAUCCUCUGAUGCACGCCGCAAAGCUCGGCCAUGCACCCGUCCUCUCCCUCCUCCUCUCCGCCGGCGCCCCCUGGAACGCUCUUUCUCCCUCCAACCUCUCCGCCGGCGACUACGCCAUGCAAGAAGCCCACAGCGAAGCCUUCGAGCUUCUCCUCAACGCCGGGAUUCAGGCCGAACUUAUCCUGGGAACAAUCGCCAGGAAGGAUCAUAAGAACGGCGAUUCCGGUGACGAUUAUUUGGAAGACAGGGUGAGUUUCAGCGAAGACAAGCUUAUGGACGCUGAUAGCAAAGCUGUGAUGAUGGCGUGGGAGAAGCCGUUGAUGGAGGCACAUGCCAAAGCUGUUUGUUCCGGUGGUGCUCACGUGCUCAAUAUUGGGUUCGGAAUGGGUCUCGUGGAUUCGGCCAUUCAGCAAUAUUCACCUGCCUCACACACCAUCGUUGAGGCUCAUCCGGAGGUCUAUCAACGCAUGCUUCGCUCCGGUUGGGGUCAGAAGGAAAAUGUCAAGAUUGUUUUUGGCCGCUGGCAAGAUGUUUUGUCUCAGCUUCAAACAUAUGAUGGAAUAUUCUUCGAUACCUACGGGGAGUACUAUGACGAUCUGAGGGAGUUCCACCAGCAUCUCCCAACACUUUUGAAGCCUGGUGGAAUCUACUCUUUCUUCAAUGGCCUUUGUGGUAGUAAUGCAUUUUUCCAUGUUGUUUACUGCCAUUUGGUAUCUCUUGAGCUUGAGAAUUUGGGGUAUUCCACGCAAUUAAUUCCGUUGCCUGUUAAGGAUUGUUUGGGAGAACAAGUAUGGGAAGGUGUGAAACAAAAAUAUUGGCAGCUUGAUACGUACUACCUUCCUGUCUGUCAGUCUGUAGAGGAACCUGAGUGAUGUAAGAAAUACAUCUCCUGCACUUAAAGAAGAACUGCACCCUGUGCAGUUACUAAUUUUACGGUAGAUGCAAGUUUUUCUCUCCUUAAUAUAUUAAAGUUAAAGGAAUGACUAAAAUCUCAUGCAGUUAUUUUCAAAACUGUAGAGGAUCUUGAUCCAAGUGAUGUAUGGUUUGAUUUUAAUCACAUCAUCAAAAUUAUGUUCAGGUGAUGCGUUGUUGCUUGUGUAACGUACCAAAUGGAAUUGUAAGAAUAGUUAGAUUCAUAUCGA